AUUUAUUUUCAAUCAUAGAAUGCCUAUAAGUCCUUCCCCUUCCCCUUCCCCUUCUCUAGCCGCAACUCCAGCUCCUCAGUGGUGGUUGAGGUCACCACCUUCACACCCACCUCCGCCACCUCCACCGCGAAAUAAUUAUGUGAUUGCUGCUUUAGCUGUCUUCUGUACCAUCUUUCUCCUACUCAGCUACUUCAGGGUACGAAUCCGCCUCUGUUGCUCCAACAACAAUUCAAGAGUCUCCAGAGACGGAGCUCAACGGAGACGGCUGGACGAGGCCAACACCUAUGACCCUUGUCUACAAAUCUACAGCCGGAGACUGGAAUACUCCAUUACACAAUCCCUACCCAUUUCUCAAUUCAAACAUAAAGACAAAGAGGAAGGUCCCGAAGCAACACCGAGUGCGCUAUAUGCUUGGGGGAAUUCGAAGAAGAGGACUGGAUUAAACAUCUGCCCAAUUGCACUCAUGCCUUUCACCUAGCUUGUAUUGAUACAUGGUUUCAAUCGCACUCAAAUUGCCCUCUCUGUGUACCACAAGCCGAUUACAUAUCUGUUAGUAUGAACACGUUGCGGGAGACUCUGAGGAGGGAAGACUAUUUCCGGGAAAGAGCGGCACAUUACCUAACUGUAAGAACUCAGGUGCUGCAGAAUACAAGACUUGGAUUGCA